AAGAGAAAAAAAGCUUCUUUUUUUUUUAAUUUCAAUGCAGAAAAAACGAAUUUUUUGAGAAUUCAAAAUAAGAAGAAAAAGCAUUUAUGAAUCCGAGUCUGCGUCGAUGGGCGGAGUCACUUCGUCGAUCGCUGCGAAAUUCGCCUUCUUCCCGCCAAAUCCUCCCUCCUACAGUCUGAUCUUCGACGACGGGGCCGGAAAGUUCGACAUCCCGGAGAUCCAGAAGCGGAACGACACCGACGUCUCCAAGCUCCGGACCCGCCGUGGCCAGGAUAUCGUGGCCGUCUAUAUCAAGAACCCCAAGGCGACGGCCACCGUCCUGUACUCGCAUGGGAAUGCAGCCGAUUUGGGCCAGAUGUUCGAGCUCUUCGUGGAAUUGAGUGUCCAUCUGAGGGUCAACCUCAUGGGGUAUGAUUAUUCUGGUUAUGGGCAAUCUACAGGGAAGCCCAGUGAGCACAAUACAUAUGCGGAUAUCGAGGCGGUGUAUGCAUGUCUCAAGGAGCAAUAUGGAGUUCGAGAGGAAGAUGUAAUCUUGUAUGGUCAAUCUGUUGGGAGUGGUCCGACUCUUGAUUUGGCUUCCCGUCUACCAUGCUCGAGAGCUGUGGUUCUACAUAGUCCCAUUCUUUCUGGCUUGAGAGUAUUGUACCCACUCAAACAUACAUUCUGGUUUGACAUUUACAAGAAUAUUGACAAAAUCGACCUUGUAAACUGCCCAGUUCUAGUCAUUCAUGGAACAGCAGACGAGGUUGUCGAUUUUUCCCAUGGUAAACAGCUCUGGGAACUUAGCAAGGAAAAAUAUGAACCACUCUGGCUAAGCGGCGGCGGCCAUUGCGAUCUUGAGGUUUACCCUGAGUACAUAAAACAUUUGAAGAAAUUCGUGUCGAGCACUAGUAAAGCAAAGGUUGCAGGAAACAGUUCUAAAGGCAGUAGAUCGAACCCCGACAAUCAAGGCAUACCAAUCGAACUCGGAACCUCAGAAUCAGAUAACCCCAAGGCAAGCUCUGACCAACCCCAGAUCUCUAGAAACAGUUUAGAUAGUCGAAUUGAGAAAUCAAAGAAGGUUGAUCCACCCGAGAAAUCACGAAUGAGCACUGACCACAUCGACAGGUAUAGGAGAAGAAAAGGCUUGGUGUGGUGACCUCUGAAGAGCCUUUCAUAAUGUUGUUAUAGCAAAAGUCAUGUGAAUAGGUUUCACCAUGGGAGGAAAAUUGGGGUCCUGAUGCCCCCAGUCACCAUGAUUUGAUCCAGAUCACUGUUCUAUGGCCCCCACAGUGGAUGUGGGAUGUCCCCAAGUUCCUGCAGAUUGGAGGAUCCUGGCUGACCAAUUUUUUGCCUUUUCUAGUUCUUGCUGCAGUCUCUCAAUUUGUAGUCCACUGGUGAAGGGUUAGGUUCUUCCUGUCUUGAAGAUUUUUGGGGCAUUUCUCAUCCAUUGCAGGUCCCAUUAGUUGAAAAAUCUAGAGCACUGAACAGAGGGCCCCGCUUAUAUGGACUGGGUGCAUCAGGACCCUAUAAUUCUGAUUCCCCUUAUCACUCAACCCCCAUUUCAUUUAUCUAAAGAAGAUGAGAGAGAGAGAGAGGCCUGACCAUUUUCUUUUCAAGCAUCAUGUGUUUUUAACUAAUGUUGG